CUAUAUAGCCGACUUGUCGUUUUAAAAACAUUUUCCUACCGCCAGUUCAGUCGUUAUCAAGUCGGCACUCGAAGUGGUUGGAUUGCACCCCCAAGACUAAGAAUUACAGAUACUCGGGCACUCAAUCCAAUCCAAUCCGUACAACCAACUGGUCAGGUCGCGAGGAGCAUUGAAUAUACAUCCAUAAAUAGUGCCACACUUUCCCCAGACUCGAAGCCAAACGGAAUGUUUGCAACUUGAGUUGCAUUAUCAGAGGUGGCAGAUAACCUCCAGCCCGCUCCGUGGACUUGGACUCGGAUCAGAUCGGAUCAGAUCUGAUUGGAUUGGAUUGGAUCAGACAGCAUAAGGAAGUGGAAGGAAUCAGACAGUCUGCACAUUUAGAUUCAGCAGGGCAAAGAUCUACCGUCGAGCAAAGAACCCAUUCGAGUGCACCAACACAUAAUGAUAGGAAAACGGCGCAUUUGGCAGACAAGUGUGGUGGGUCUGCUCCUGGCCAGCUUCAGUCUGUGCUCGGUGGUGUAUAUGGAGGAGAUCGAACGCUGGAUGCUCGAGAGGUGCAUGGUCCUCCGGCCAGGCACACUAAUCAGCGGCCUGUGGCAGUCACCCGCCAUGGACAUCAACGUGGAUCUGUACAUAUUCAACUGGACAAACUCGGAGCGCUUCAGCGAUCCCACUGUGAAGCCCCGGUUCGAGGAGCUGGGACCCUAUCGCUUCACGGAGCGGAUGCAGAAGGUCGAUGUGGAGUGGCACGAUGAGAACUCCACGGUGUCCUACAGGCGACGCAGUCGCUUCGAUUUCGAUCCGAUACGCAGUGCCGGACGUCCAUCAGAUCCCAUUGUGGCGCCCAACCUGCUUAUCGUGGGUCUGUACCAGAAGAUAGCCAUGUGGAGUCCCAUGCUGCGCUCGCUCAUGCUGUUGGCCCUAAAUAUCUACGGCAGGGAGAAGUCCAUGAUACGGCCCGCCAGCGAUUGGAUGUUCGACGGCUUCGACACGCCCAUGAUCAAGAUGAGCAAAAUGGUGCCGCCCAGUCUCGUGCCGGAGAUGAAGUUCCCCUAUGAGAAGAUCGGCUAUGCGUAUCCACGCAAUGGCAGCAUGGAAGUCUACGGGCACCACAACGUCUACACGGGACAGGAUGAGUUCCAAAAACUGGGUCAGAUAGCCAGGUGGCGGUACAACAACGUCACAGAGGCCAGUCCCAGGUGCAAGUUGAAGGGCAGUGCCGGGGAGUUCCAUCCAAUACCGCUGGUGAAGGGCAGACCCAUAUCCUACUUCCUGCCGGAUCUGUGCCGUGAGCUGCAGGUGGACUACUCCGGCACCACCAUCUUCGAGGGCAUUGAGGCGUUCGUGUACAGAGGCAGUACGCGCAACAUGGCCAACGGUACUGAUAAUCCGGAUAACAGCUGCUACUGCCAGGAGAACUGCCAGGAGCUGAGAUCCGGCCUGGUCAACAUAUCCUCCUGUUGGUAUGGAGCGCCUGUCUUUGCAUCCUAUCCGCACUUCUAUAAUGCGGAUCCCUACUACGCAGAGCAGGUGGAGGGCAUGAAGCCCGACAAGGAUCGCCACGAGAUGGUCAUUAUGUUGGAGCCCAAAACCGGCAUGGUGCUGGAGAUCAAGGCGCGCCUUAUGGCCAGCUUGCUGGUUGAGCCCAAAACUCAUUUAAUCUACCGCACGGCGAGAAGAACAUUCUUUCCAUUGAUCUGGGCGGAUUACAAUGUCCGCAUCUCGGACGAUCUUUUGGGCUACGUGAAGCUAAUGCCGAUCCUCGAGCUUGUGGGCAAGAUCGUUGGCAUCCUGGGCGUGGUCUUGGGCGUGCUGAUGGUAUUCUGGUAUCCCCACCAAAUGAUCUGGCAGAAGAGCCAGAUGCAGAAGAUCGAAAUUAGUUCCAUCGAGACGAAUCGGUCAUUGGAGCCCGUGAAGAACAGCGAUGUGGAGGACUCGCCGCUGCUGAAGGGAUUGCAAUACACAGGUGCCAAAAAUGGGGCGGGAAAUUCAAAUUAGGGAUUUAAGCCAACUAAGUGUGUCAUAUGUUUAAGUUUGCAAGAGAUUGCUUGCCUAGUCUACAGUUUAAGCCAAUAAACGGUAAAUGGUGUUCAUGUGCUGAAAUGUA